AUGGACAAGACGGAUAAAAACAAGUCGACUUUGAAAGUUGUGGCAUUGAUUUGGAUCUUGAUUGAAUGUAAUCUUGUUGCCGGAAAUAUUUUCGGAUUUGCAUCUUUAUUCGGUAUACUACGUCAACAAAAUAUUUAUAGUUCGAAAUGCAAAUUAGUAUCAGAAGGAGUCGGCUCGAACCGAACAUAUGUAGAUUGUCAUGGACAAAUCAAUGAAUAUCAAUUUGCUUUCGCGUUGGGAAUUGGGUUUUAUAAUUUACCGGCGGUGGCUAUAGGAAUGAUUAAUGAUUAUUUUGGUCCGAGAUUUCUGAAACUAAUUGGCAUUGUGUUUCAUUUGAUCAGUUGGUUAUCUCUUGGUUUUCUCGCUCCUGGACGUGAUUGGCUGCUUCUGUUUCACACUAUAUUGCUAUCACUUGCUGGAAUUUGCACUCUAUUAUCAUCAUUCAGUAUUGCAGCACAUUUCAAGCAAAAUCGAGGACUGGUGACAGCAUUGAUAUCCGGUGCGCAAUUGGCGGGCUCGAUAUGGUUUGCGAUUUUUCAGGUUUUGAUCGAGAAAAAGAUCGUUUCGCUUUCAACGUUGGCUUUCGCAUGGACGUCGUUUGCGUUGUUAAUGCUUGCAAGUGCUUUUCUUUUUCUUGAUUGGCGUUUUCUAUGGCUUGAUUCAAAAUUAAAAGUCAAACCAACUAGACAGGAGGGCGUCAACGCCGACGAACAAGAUAAUUUAGUUGAACAUGUGACCAAUCCGUUAUUCGUAGUUGUAACACUUUUCCUGAGUUGUCUCCUGUUGACAAUAUCGUUUCUUCCUGUUGUCUGGUAUCCAUGGUUGAAGUAUCUAACCGGAGGAGAUGACGUUUUAACAAAUCGUUACACGUUUCUGUACAGUAUUAGUGCUGUAGUUGGACUUGUUAUUGCUCCUUUGUGUGGCCUAAUCGUUGAUUUCAGAGCUUCGCGUGGUACUACACAAAAAAUGUUGAAUAUAUCAGUUCUACAAACGUUGACUUGGAUUGCAUCGAUUGCUCUCUGUAUUGUUUGUAUGUUCCGAUCGAUUGCCGCUGCUCUAACAACGUUAGGCAUUCUGCUCUUCUCGCGUACGAUGCUCGUUGCUGGAAGUCAAGCAUUGAUUGCUGCUGUCUUUCCACCACAGUUUAUCGGCUCUCUUCUGGGUAUUAUGUGGACAACAGCAGGUAUAAUUAGUUUCACUACAUAUGGUUUAGUACGCUUGGCAACGGAUCCCGAACACUAUUGGAGAGCAUGGCUGGUGAUCUUGCUACUUUGUUUUAUCAUGGGCGGACAUUUAGUGCAACUCUGGGUGUUAUAUUUUCGAUCGAAAAAAGGCAAGAAAUGUGAAGAUUUACAAGUUCACGCGGAAGAAAUGCAAACGUUAAAGUCAUCGAACGAUAUGUGA